AUGUCGAAAGUUUCUCGAAAAGAUGGUAAAAAGCCUUAUUAUUAUUCAAAUUCUCUCCCUGACCACAUUCGAAUUCGAGAAUUCCAACAAAAAGAUAUUGAUGAGAUUCAAAGGAUUUAUGCUAACUCAAUGAUGGAUACAAUUUCCUACGAAACGCGACAUGCAAUUCAUACCGAUUUGUCUAAAAUUUCAGAAAAAUAUGGAAGUGGUACAGUACAGCAACAACUAACAAAAUCUGAUAAAUACCAUUCACAAGAAGAUUUAGUCGAUCAACCUCAUAAUGAUCGUAUUGCGAGAUUUUGGGUUGCUGUUGAUAAAGAGGCAGGAAAUAAAGUGGUAGGCUUUCUAGAAAUUGUGGACAAUGAAGAUGAUGAUCCUCUAAGAAAAAAAUAUAUUAUGGAACCAUAUGCGCCUCAUAUAAAGCAUUUAUGCGUGGCUACAAAUUAUAAAAGGAAAGGAAUCGCUACUGCAUUAUUGAAACAUGCGAUAAAGUUUAUACAUAAAAAGAAUGCAAAAAGUCUGGGAGUUCUUACCUCUGCCUGGCAAGGACCAGCAAUGGAAAUAUUUUAUCGUUUUGGAUUCAUAGAAGUAAAGCGAAGAACUAUGACCUAUGGAUUUGUUGAAUGUAUAAAACUCAGUCUUGAUGUUGAACAAUGGAUUAGGUGUCGUAAAGCACGUAAACAUAGUUCAUCUAUUAGUUCUAUUAGUGACGCGUAA